AAAUGUGCUUUUCAGAAACUGGCCAUAAUUGAAGGUCAAGAUCUACUUCACCAUUUAACUAACUUUCAUCCAUUAGUAGCUACUCAGAAAAGGCAGGAUAAUAAUGAUGGUGAUGGUGAUGGUGAUGGUGAUGGUGAUGGUGUUUCCUGCAGGAUAUGUGGAGAACCCACCUCUGGCGCGCUAUAUGGCUGCGAUCUCUGCAACUUCUAUCUGCACCGAUCAUGCGCUGAGUUUCAGUUGCCAACAACACUCCUGCACUUUUAUCACCCUUGUCUUCUUACUUUGAGCAUCGAUAAGGAAGAGUCCAACUGCAACGCCUGUGGCAAUUCUUAUGAUUUCUACUCCUACCUCCGUGAGCCUUGCAAUUUCAGGAUCGAGAUCAGUUGUGCACUGUAUCCUCUCUUCAUGGAAUCCCGAGGUCAGCAACAGUUUCACCAUUUCAGCCAUGGGCAUCCCUUGAAGCUUACGCAGAUAAAGCAUGAUGAUGAAAUUCUCUGCUCUGCUUGCCAGAAGCACUGCUCAGGUCAGACACACGUUAGCUGCAGCAAAAAAUGCAAGUUUUUCCUCCAUAACUCGUGCUUUAAUUUGCCUCAGAAAAUACAUCACCCAUUCCAUCCACACCAUUCUCAAACUUUAUACUCUCCGAUUCAACGCCAACCUAGACCAGAAUGCAAAGUUUGUUAUCGUUACAAUUUGGUUUCACCUACUCUUGUAAGUACUUCUGCAAAUUCAACAUGGAUGUUGAAUGUCCAGUGA